UGAAGAGACGCAAGAAUGACGUUUGGCCGCCAUGUUGGAAGAGAUGGACGAGGGACGAAAAAACUGACGAACUUUCAUCAAACGUUUUUACCUUAAUAACCUAAUAAAUCCCUAAAAAACACAUAAACUACAAGAGUGAAGGUCUAAUAUGGCUGAUGCUACAGCUAGGUCGCUGCAAUAUGAGUACAAAGCGAACUCCAAUCUUGUGUUGCAAGCUGAUCGGUCUCUUAUUGACCGCCGAAGUCGUGAUGAGGCCACAGGAGAGGUUGUAUCGCUUGUCGGCCACCUCGGGGGUAUGCGGAUGGGGGACAAAUAUGAAAGAACAAAACCCCCAGUCAGCGAAGAACGCAAAGCCAAGAGACAAAAGAUAGCUGAUAAAGAAGAAUUUGCCAAACUCAGAGGCAGUAGCCUGCUGUCAGAAGAGGUGGAGGAUCUCACAGGUGUUCGAUAUAGGCCUAAGACUCGUGAAACCAAGUCAACAUAUGAAGUGCUACUAAGUUUUAUCCAGGCUGCUAUUGGAGAUCAGCCUCGUGACAUUCUCUGUGGUGCUGCAGAUGAAGUGCUUGCUUCCCUAAAAGAUGACAAAAUGAAGGAUAAAGAAAAACUGAAGGAGAUUGUCUCUUUGCUUGGUGAUAUGCCUGAUGAGAGAUUUGCUCUUCUGGUCAACCUAGGAAAAAAGAUUACUGACUAUACCUUUGAUAGAGACUACAGCAAUGAUGAUGAGGUUAUUGACGAAACCUAUGGUGUGGCUGUCCAGUUUGAUGAAGAUGAAGAAGAGGAAAAAGAAGAUUUCGACAUGGUGCGCGAGUCCGAGUCUGAAGAUGAAACUGAGGGAAUGGUGGAGGCGGAAACAAACAUGACCCUCCAGGGAGGGCUAUCAGAGUCCCAGAAAGCCUCUAGCGACACACUACACCCACGCGACAUUGAUGCAUUCUGGCUGCAACGUGAACUCAACAAGUACUAUGCAGAUGCCGAAGCAUCAAGGUCCAAGUCUGAGGAGGUCCAGGAAAUCCUCAAGAGUGCAAAUGAUGAGCGAGAGCUGGAGAACAAGUUGAUGCUCUUGCUAGGGCAUGACAAGUUCUCGUUCAUCAGGCUGCUGCGUAAGAACCGUAACAUGGUGCUGUACUGCACUUUACUGGCUACAGCUCAGAGCUCAAAGGAGAAAAAAGAGAUUGAGGCUAAGAUGGAGGCCGACCCUGACCUUGCUCAGAUCCUACAUGCCUUGAAUGAGACAGACAAGGGAGAUCUGAUACAGGAGGAGAGAGCUAGAAAAGCUGCAAACAGGAAAGCUCGUAUUGCUGCAGAUCUCGAUGCUCUAGAGUCUGAUCAGACUAGGGGAGCAAGAAAGGUCCUCGAUCUUGAAGAGCUGGCUUUCAAAGAUGGCAGCCACCUGAUGGCCAACAAGCAGUGCCAGCUACCUGUAGGAACCUUCCGUAAGCAGCGUCCAGGCAAGGGAUACGAGGAGGUCCAUGUUCCUGCCUUAAAGCCAAAACCAUUUGAAACAGGAGAGCAAUUGACGCCCAUUACCUCUCUGCCAAUGUACGCCCAAGCAGCAUUUGAAGGCUACCCCACCCUGAACAGAAUCCAAAGCCGAUUGUGUGAAACAGCCUUAAACAGCGAUGAAAAUCUUCUGCUGUGUGCACCCACCGGUGCUGGUAAAACUAAUGUUGCCCUCUUGACCAUCUUGCGUGAGAUCGGGAAACACAUCAACUUGGAUGGAACCAUCAACACAGAGGAGUUCAAGAUCAUCUAUGUCGCCCCCAUGAGAUCUCUUGUGCAGGAGAUGGUACUCAACUUCUCAAAGCGCCUGAGUACUUAUGGGUUGACAGUAUCUGAACUCACCGGUGACCACAACUUGACAAAGGAGCAAAUCCACGGCACCCAGAUUAUCGUCUGUACCCCAGAGAAAUGGGACAUCAUCACUCGCAAGAGUGGAGAGCGCACAUUCACCCAGCUUGUCCGCCUCAUUAUCAUUGACGAAAUCCACCUUCUCCAUGAUGACAGAGGACCUGUGCUAGAGUCUCUGGUCGCCAGGACAAUAAGACAAAUUGAGACCACACAGGAGCUUGUGCGGCUUGUGGGUCUGAGUGCGACCCUCCCCAACUAUGAGGAUGUUGCUACCUUCAUGAGGGUGAACCCUGCAAAGGGCCUUUUCUUCUUCGAUAACAGCUUUAGGCCCGUACCCCUGGAGCAGCAGUUUAUUGGGAUUACAGAGAAGAAGCCAAUAAAAAGAAUGCAGGCUACCAAUGAGGUUGUUUAUGAGAAAGUGGUGGAGCAUGCUGGAAAGAAUCAAGUACUUGUGUUUGUGCACUCUCGCAAGGAGACAGCCAAGACAGCCAAAGCUGUGCGUGACAUGUGUCUAGAGCGGGACAGCCUGGGACUCUUCCUCAGAGAGGACUCUGCCAGUACUGAGGUCCUCAGGUCAGAAGCAGAGCAAGUGAAGAAUGGCGAGCUAAAGGAUCUGCUUCCUUACGGCUUUGCCAUCCAUCAUGCCGGCAUGUCACGCGUCGACAGGACCCUGGUGGAGGAUUUGUUUGCUGACAGACACAUUCAGGUGUUGGUGUCCACGGCAACGCUUGCUUGGGGCGUCAACUUGCCUGCACACACCGUCAUCAUCAAGGGGACUCAGGUGUACAGUCCAGAGAAGGGUCGAUGGGUGGAGCUUGGAGCGCUGGACAUCCUUCAGAUGCUUGGUCGUGCUGGCCGGCCACAGUAUGAUACCAAGGGUGAAGGCAUCUUGAUCACUAGUCAUGGCGAGCUCCAGUACUACCUUUCACUCAUGAACCAGCAGCUUCCAGUAGAGAGCCAGUUUAUUUCCAAGCUUGCUGAUAACCUAAAUGCAGAGGUUGUGCUUGGCUCAGUGCAGACGGCUAAGGAUGCCGUUCACUGGUUAGGUUACACAUACUUGUAUAUCCGCAUGCUGCGUAAUCCAGCACUCUACGGAAUAUCACAUGAUGAAAUUGAAAAAGAUCCUUUACUGGAGCAGAGAAGGGCAGAUCUAAUUCAUUCAGCAGCAUCCUUGCUCGACAAGAAUAAUCUUCUCAAGUAUGACAAGAAGUCUGGAAACUUUCAGGUCACUGAGCUUGGACGCAUUGCCAGUCACUACUACUUGACACAUGAGACUGUUUCAACAUUCAACAACUUGUUGAAGCCAACCUUAAGUGAGAUUGAACUCUUUCGAGUAUUUUCUCUUUCUUCAGAGUUCAAGUACAUCAAUGUCCGAGAGGAGGAGAAACUGGAGCUGAAUAAGCUACUGGAGCGAGUUCCCAUCCCUGUCAAAGAAAGUAUUGAGGAGCCAAGUGCAAAGGUGAAUGUACUGCUACAGUCUUUCAUCUCCCAACUCAAGCUGGAAGGAUUUGCACUCAUGUCCGACAUGGUGUACAUCACACAGUCUGCAGGUCGUCUUGUCAGGGCCAUUUUCGAGAUCGUCCUCAACCGUGGCUGGGCCCAACUGGCUGACAAAGCUCUUUGUCUAAGCAAAAUGAUCGACAAGAGGAUGUGGCUUUCCAUGACACCAUUACGACAGUUCAAAAAGAUCCCCAUGGAAGUUAUCAAGAAGAUUGAGAAGAAAGAGUUUCCCUGGGAGCGAUACUAUGAUCUUGGACCUAAUGAGAUUGGAGAGCUGGUCCACAUGCCCAAACUAGGGAAGACUCUUCACAAGCUUGUCCAUCAGUUACCCAAGAUGGAACUAGCGACACACAUACAACCCAUCACAAGAUCUACUCUAAGUGUAGAGCUUACGGUCACGCCAGACUUCCAGUGGGACGAGAAGGUGCACGGUAACUCUGAGGCAUUCUGGAUCCUUGUGGAGGAUGUUGACAGUGAGAUCAUCCUUCAUCAUGAGUACUUCUUGCUCAAAGCCAAAUACGCUCAGGAUGAGCACGUUGUCAAGUUCUUUGUUCCUGUUUUUGAGCCCCUGCCACCACAGUACUUCAUACGUAUUGUAUCUGACAGAUGGCUUGGCUCAGAGACGCAGCUUCCUGUGUCCUUCCGUCACCUCAUUCUGCCUGAGAAGAACCAACCCCCCACAGAACUCUUGGACUUGCAGCCGCUGCCUGUAUCAGCCCUCAGGAACCCUGCAUUUGAGGCACUGUACAGGGACAAAUUCCCUUACUUCAAUCCCAUUCAGACACAAGUUUUCAGUACAUUAUACGACUCUAGUGAGAAUGUGUUCAUUGGAGCACCGACUGGAAGUGGAAAAACUAUCUGUGCAGAGUUUGCUGUAUUGCGCUUUCUACAGCAGUCCCCAGAGGGCAGAUGUGUGUAUGUUACACCCAUACAGGCACUUGCAGAGCAGGUCUACGCAGAUUGGCAGAACAAGUUUGGUCUUCAGUUGGGCAAGAAUGUUGUUAUGUUGACAGGAGAGACAAGCGCUGACCUUAAACUCCUUGCCAAGGGUAAUGUUGUUGUAAGCACUCCUGAGAAAUGGGAUGUCUUGUCUCGCCGAUGGAAGCAGCGGAAGAAUGUGCAGAAUGUUUCACUAUUCAUCAUGGAUGAAGCACACCUCAUUGGUGGUGAUACAGGGCCUGUGAUGGAAAUCAUCUGUUCUCGGAUGCGUUACAUCUCAUCCCAGUUGGAAAGGACAAUACGAAUUGUGGCACUGAGUUCUUCGCUUGCCAAUGCUAAGGAUGUAGCCCAAUGGCUGGGUGUGCCGUCCACAGGGUUGUUCAACUUCCAUCCCAAUGUCAGACCUGUUCCUUUGGAGCUACACAUUCAGGGAUUCAACAUCACACACACUUCUUCCCGCCUGAUCGCUAUGACGAAGCCUGUGUACCAGGCCAUCAUGAAGCACUCCCCUAAGAAGCCUGCCGUCGUGUUUGUGCCGUCCAGACGUCAGACCAAGCUACUUGCUUUGGAUAUUCUUACCUUCAGUGGUGCAGAUAAUGAGCCACAACGUUUCCUCCAUUGUACUGAAGAUGAUCUAAAUCCGUUUGUCAGCCGUCUUACAGAUAAGACCCUGAAGGAGACUGUAACGUAUGGAAUAGCAUUCCUGCAUGAGGGUCUCUCAGAUGCAGAGGUGAAGAUCGUCAAUCAGCUCUUCACAUCUGGUGCUAUUCAGGUUGUGGUUGUGUCCCGCACUCUCUGCCUGUCAGUCAACCUCAGUGCACAUCUUGUGGUAGUCAUGGAUACGCAGUUUUAUGAAGGCAAAACUCACUCGUACGCUGAUUACCCUGUAACAGACGUACUGCACAUGAUUGGUCACGCUAGCCGGCCACUCCUAGAUGAUGCUGGCAAAGCAGUUAUUCUGUGCCAAGCGUCAAAGAAAGAAUUUUUUAAGAAAUUCCUCUAUGAGCCUCUGCCAAUCGAGUCUCAUCUUGAUCACACGUUACACGAUCACUUCAAUGCCGAGGUUGUGACAAAAACUAUUGAAAACAAGCAGGAUGCUGUGGACUACUUGACGUGGACUUUCCUGUAUCGUCGCAUGACCCUAAAUCCCAACUACUACAACCUGCAAGGAGUAACACACCGACAUCUUUCCGACCACAUGUCCGAACUGGUGGAGAACACGCUGAACGACCUGGAACAGUCUAAGUGCGUGUCUGUUGAAGACGAAAUGGAUGUCACCCCUCUCAACCUCGGCAUGAUCGCCGCCUAUUACUACAUCAACUACACUACUAUCGAGUUGUUCAGUGUCUCCCUGAACGCAAAGACGAAGCUGCGGGGCUUAGUCGAAAUCAUUUCAUCGGCAUCAGAAUAUGCACCACUUUCUAUUAGACACCAUGAAGAGGCCACACUCAAACAGCUGCUGAACCGCGUGCCUCACAAGAUCACGAGUCCAAAGUUCAAUGACCCGCACGUGAAGACCAACCUGUUGAUCCAGGCUCACAUGUCCCGGAUGCAGCUAUCUCCAGAACUCCAGUCUGACACGGAGCUCAUUCUUAGCAAGGCGAUGCGUCUCAUCCAGGCGUGUGUAGAUGUGCUCAGCAGUAAUGGAUGGUUGUCUCCAGCAUUGGCAGCCAUGGAGUUAGCGCAAAUGGCCACACAAGCCAUGUGGAGCAAGGAUUCGUACUUGAAGCAGAUCCCCCACUUUACACCAGAUAUCAUCAAGCGCUGCGUGGAAAAGGAGGUGGAGUCUGUAUUUGACAUUAUGGAUCUUGAUGACGAAGAGCGCAACAAGUUACUGAAGCUCGACGAUGUACAGAUGCAGGACGUCGCCCGCUUCUGUAAUAGAUACCCCAACAUCGAGCUGUCUUUUGAGAUCCCAGACAAAAACCAGAUCAAGACCGGUCGCCCCGUAAACAUGACGGUGGACCUGGAGCGAGAGGACGAGCAGCCUGGCGCUGUCAUCGCGCCAUUCUUCCCGCAGAAGCGCGAGGAGGGCUGGUGGCUAGUCAUCGGCGACACAAAGGCCAACAGUUUGAUCUCCAUCAAGAGGCUGACCUUGCAGCAGAAGGCCAAGGUCAAGCUGGACUUCGUGGCGCCCUCGUCGCCCGGGACGUACUCGUAUGUGUUGUUCUUCAUGUGUGACGCGUACAUGGGCUGCGAUCAGGAGUACCCCUUCAAGAUAACCGUUGAGGAAGCGGGCAGUGACGAUGAUGAUGAUGACGACAGCGAUGAGAGUGAUUAGACGGAGACGAUGAUGACAGUGAUUAGACGGAGACGAUGAUGACAGUGAUUAGACGGAGACGAUGAGGACAGUGAUUAGUAAAUAGACAGAAGCAUCACCACGUGGAACAGGGAGACGGGUGGAAUAGAUAAGGUCGGCUGUGAUGACGAAGGUAAUGACGACGGCGAUGAUGAUGACGACAAUGAUGAUAAAUGAGACGAGGACGGUGAUGAUGAUAACGACGACAGCGAUGAGAGUGAUUAGACGGAGACGACGAUGAGAGUGACGAGUAAAUAGACAGAAGCAUUACCUUCACGUGGAACAGGGAGAUGGGUGGAAUGGAUAAGGUCGGGGAUGAUGAUGAUGACGAAGAUAAUGACGACGGCGAUGAUGAUGACGACAAUGAUGAUAAAUGAGACGAGGACGGUGAUGAUGAUGAUGACGAAAAUGAUGAUGAUGACGACAAAGAUGAUAAAUGAGACGACGACGACAAUGAUGAUGAAUGAGCCGACGUUGAUAAUGACCAGCAUGUUAGUGAUAAUGGUAGUAGUUGUGUUUGUGAUCAGCAAACACUGCUGUUGAUGUAUAUGAGUGUUAUGUUAAUGAUGCAUUAUUUAAUAAAAUGCAUGGUAAACCGAUAUCACCCAUAGACUGGGAAUCAAGGUAGAGCGGUUUCUUCGUAGCAAAAGAGAGACACGGUUAAGACGGCUUGUAAUAUUAGAUGGCGAGGAUUAGAUGCUGUAUAGUCACUUAUGUUUCGUGAUAGAAAGGAAAAGUAAAGCGGUGUUACUAGAUAAGUGUUAGUAUGCAGGAGACUGGAUCUGGUAAUGUUCUUAUCGCUUUGUAAACCUGUCAAAAUCCGCAGAACGAUCAAAAGAUGAAUGCCACAUUUUGUAUAUUGUAAAUUGCAUGUAACAAUUCAUCUGCCUGUUACUGUACGUUUGUAAUAAAUUACUUCUCUUA